ACUCAGUCUUGGGCUCUUAGUCUUGGGCUUGACUAGUUGCUCUGCAGAAAAGCAAGAAUUUCCUGAUCACGCAGUGACCUAUUUCAACAUACUACUUUGCAGUUCCUCAACCGUACAAGAAGUUUGGUUUUGUAAGAAGUUCUUCCCUUUCUGUUGGAUUUGCAGCUGUUGAGGUGUUUGUUGCUCUGACAGUUUGGACCCACUGCUUAGCCCAGGAGACCUGCCACUCAGAGAAGUAAAAAAUGGCGUCGACAACACACUUCUCAGAGGAGGAGAUGGCAGAGCUACAGGAGGCUUUCAGCAAAGUCGAUAUCAGUGGGGAUGGCUUCAUCGAUGCCAAUGAAUUAACAGAAGCGUUAAAGGCAGCCAAUUUCCCUCUCCCAGGAUAUAAAGCCAGAGAACUCAUUCAGAAUCUGACAACCACAGGGAACGGCAGGAUCAGUUUUGAUGAAUUUAUUUCAAUUUUCCAAAACCUGAAGAGUGAUGAUGUUGCCAAGUCAUUCAGAAAACAAAUCAACAAGAAGGAGGGGAUCUGUGCUAUUGGUGGGACAUCCGAGCAGUCCAGUGCUGGCACACAGCAUUCUUACUCAGAGGAAGAAAAAUAUGCCUUUGUCAACUGGAUUAACAAAGCCCUUGAGAAAGACCCUGACUGUAAACAUGUGGUCCCAAUGAAUCCAGAAACAGAUGACCUCUUCCAGGCGGUUGGUGAUGGCAUAGUGCUUUGUAAGAUGAUCAACUUUUCAGUGCCAGAUACCAUUGAUGAGAGAACAAUCAACAAAAAGAAACUCACACCCUUCACAAUACAGUUCCCCAGUUAUUGCAUCAUCAAAACAUCUCUUCUUUCCCUAGGAAAUCUGAACUUGGCCCUGAACUCUGCUUCAGCCAUUGGGUGGCCAUGUGUUAACAUUGGAGCUGAAGACUUAAAAGAAGGGAAACCUUACCUGGUUCUGGGUCUUUUAUGGCAAGUCAUCAAAAUUGGACUCUUUGCUGACAUAGAGAUCAGCAGGAAUGAAGCCUUAAUUGCUCUUCUGAGAGAAGGAGAGAGCCUGGAGGAUCUGAUGAAGUUGUCUCCAGAGGACCUGCUGCUGAGGUGGGCAAACUAUCAUCUGGAAAAUGCAGGAUGCAACAAAGUCAACAACUUCAGCUCAGACAUAAAGGACUCAAGAGCUUAUUACCAUUUGCUGAACCAAGUUGCCCCCAAGGGAGAUGAAGAAGGCAUUCCAGCUAUUACUAUUGACAUGUCAGGAUUAAGGGAGAAGGACGAUGUGCAGCGCGCAGAGUGCAUGCUGCAGCAGGCGGAGCGCCUGGGCUGCCGGCAGUUCGUCACUGCCACUGACGUCGUCCGGGGGAACCCCAAGCUAAAUCUGGCCUUCAUCGCCAACUUGUUCAACAAGUACCCUGCCCUGCAUAAGCCAGAGAACCAGGACAUCGACUGGAGCUCUAUUGAAGGUGAGACAAGGGAAGAGAGGACGUUCAGGAACUGGAUGAACUCCCUGGGCGUUAAUCCACGUGUAAAUCACUUAUAUAGUGACCUGUCAGAUGCCUUGGUUAUCUUCCAGCUCUAUGAAAAGAUCAAAGUGCCAGUAGACUGGAACAGAGUGAACAAACCACCAUAUCCUAAACUGGGUGGCAACAUGAAGAAGCUUGAAAACUGCAACUAUGCAGUGGAACUGGGAAAGAAUCAAGCCAAAUUUUCCCUCGUUGGUAUUGCUGGGCAAGAUCUCAAUGAAGGAAACCGUACACUCACCCUGGCCUUAAUCUGGCAGUUGAUGAGAAGGUACACCCUGAAUAUCCUUGAAGACAUUGGUGGCGGAGAAAAGGUCAAUGAUGAAAUCAUUGUCAGCUGGGUCAAUGAAACACUGACUGCAGCCGGGAAGGAUUCAACCAUCUCCAGUUUCAAGGAUAGCAAAAUCAGCACCAGCAUGCCAGUCCUGGAUCUCAUUGAUGCCAUUCAACCAGGAUCAAUCAAGUAUGACCUCUUGAAAACAGAGGACCUGAAUGAUGAGGAGAAACUAAAUAAUGCUAAAUAUGCCAUCUCUAUGGCAAGAAAAAUUGGAGCAAGAGUCUAUGCCCUUCCAGAAGACUUGGUUGAAGUAAAACCCAAAAUGGUCAUGACAGUCUUUGCUUGCCUUAUGGGAAAAGGUAUGAAGAAAGUUUAAAGCACAAAAGACUUUUACUGGUGCCUGUUAUUCAUCCUUUAGAUUCCCUCAAACUGGAUGCUCUUCUCUGUAUCAAAGAAAUAUGCAGGGUGCUCAUGCUUUUGAGGCAUGAAUGUUACACAUCGUUCCAGAUCAUACAGAAGUUGUGUAUUCACGUGUAUCCAGGAAAUAUUUUGAUUUGAACAGUAAUAUGUGCUUGAUUUCUUUGCCUUAUUUUCCACUUUGCUAGAUAUAACCAUUUCAUAUUCCUGAAUAAGCUUUCAAUACUGAGGUAUAAACACAUCCUUUUUUAAAUGGAUACCCGGGUUUUCUGUCAGAGGUCACCUGGAGAUCUUUGUCUUGGGAGGUACAGACAGCUUUUAGGACUAUGAAACGUUAUAUGCUGCUUCUGCCUGAAAAUAUCGUCAUGCUUUUCAUAGCAUUUCUGCCAUACUUACCUUCAGUUUGCACCUGGGAUAACUCAAGGGGUUUCCCCAAGCCAAUUCAAAUAUUAGCGACUAUAUUUUUGAAUAGUAGGAUCCUCUUAGGAAAUUCUUUUGUAAAGAGAGAAGUAUUUGGUGUCUGCCAUGUGUUGCUGGUACGUGAACUGAGCAGUACUUUUCCCUGCAAGUUAUGCCUCUGCUGUCAGUGGCAUUACUCACAGAUUACAUUACUGCUCAUGGAAAAAAACAUACUGCAGCCUGGACCUCCAAACUCUGGAAUCUUUGCAAGAAACAUUCUCCAAAGAAUAAUUCAUUUUUAUGUCAUAAUAUAUUUAAAACAGAAACGGAUUGCAAAGUAUGGUAGAAAUGAAAACCAUGAUAAAGAAACUAAGGGAAUGUACUCAGUUAGUAGCAAUACUGUAAGAAGUGAACCAAAGGGAUGUAGAAUGACAUAUUUAUGUAGCCAAUAAAAAUUAAACUCUGUUAACUUCACAGACUUGCACUCAAAGGGCUGCGGCUCUGAUUCAGGAGAGCAUUUAAAUCUGCGCUUGCAUAUGAAACAAAUACUAAAAUGCUUCCCUGAACCCAGGCUGGGAUCCUCAAUGGGGCUAAAUCAGCUUAGCUUUGAGGCUGACAAAGCACUGUCAACUUGUCUCAGAUGAGGACCUAGCCGUGUCUAUAGAUAGUCAGCGGGAUAUUUGCACUGAAUCUCUUCCUUGGCAUGAGACAUUUACUGUUCUGGCCUCUGUGUGGAUUUUACUGUGGUGAAAUGCAGAAGGAGGGAACUUUGCCUUAAUGCAAUCCCGUUGACACAGUCUUAGCUCUCUCCCUAUCCCCCUCCCUCUCCUCCAGCCCUUCAGAAUUGCCUUAAUAAAAAAACAAUAUUCAGUGAUGUGAGAAGUCUGUCCAAAUAAAAUGUUCUAUAAA